GCGUAUUUUGUGAAAACUGCAAAUAAGAAUUAGUUCAACGGAAUACGAGCGAGUGGAAGUGAGAGAGCGCGGGUUUGCUAAAAAUUUAUUAAAAGUGUUGAAUAAUCUGUCACAUCUUAGUCGGGACGACAAUAUAACCGCGAGGCGAGGCAAUAAAAAUGGCUAAGCCCGAGCAGAUAUUAAUCAUCGAGCCACAGGGCGAACUCCGGUUCAGGGGACCUUUUACAGCUCCAGUGACUACAUAUAUGAAACUGACUAACCCGUCAGAGCACAAAGUGUAUUUUAAAAUAAAAACAACUGCCCCCAAGAAGUAUUGCGUUCGGCCAAAUUCCGGGUCCAUCAAGCCUAAGAGUGGUACUGAAAUAGCAGUGUGCUUACAACCAUUUGACUUUGUUCCUGGGGAGAAAAAUAAACAUAAGUUUAUGGUCCAAACUCUGAUAGCUCCGAAACUUGAUACUGAAGAUGGAAUCAAUGAUUCGUUGUGGAAGGACAUCAACCCUGAUCAGUUGAUGGAUUUCAAGUUGAAGUGUGUGUUUGAAAAUCCAGUAAGCAGUACCACAGCUCCUAGCAGCGAUGGUAUUGAUGACGACAAAAAUAAGGGCAUUGGAGAUUCUGUGAAAUUGUCUCCCAAGCCACUCGGAAAAAUGGAGGAAGAACUGAUGAAAGCGGCUGCGGAAGUAAAGCAACUUAGGGAGGAAGAGAGCAUUCUUAGGCAGGAAAACCUUCAGCUCAAGGAAGAGCUUAUGAGAGCGCGGCAUGCUGCAUCGGGCACAGCAACAAUUACCAGUGGAAAUAUGGCUGCACUUGCGGGUUUGACAUCAAACAGCGGUGACAAGUUAAAUCCAACUAAAAUUCCUACCAGUGUACUAAUCGCCAUUGCCAUGGUAGUAGUUGGAUACUUGUUGGGGAAGUUAAUCUGAGCACCCCUAUCUUGCCGACAAUCCCAGCCCCCCUACCCACCAACCUUCCUCCCAUCCACCGGUUUUCUUAGCCAGACCUCCCCGCCGUUCACCACCAUUAGCAUGAAGUGCAAUCGUAUCAAGUCGUCCCGUUGAUCAACUCUUCAUGGCAAAUUAAAAUGCUGAAAUUCACUUGUAUGGUGGUCUACCUUUAUCAAGUCGUCCCGUAGGGCAUUGUGCUUAUUUUACGACAUAAAUUAAAUAAUAUUUUUCUUUUAUAUUUUUAUUCACCUGGCUGCUCAUUAUCGGCAUAAUACUGCUACUACUGCUGAUGCUUUUGAUCGAGUGUAAUGAUAGGAGUAAAUUCACUAACGGUACAGGUUUGUCUGGAAAUUGAGAUAAAGGAAUAAACAAAACGUUCGACACUAGCGCCGUUGUAAAAGGGUUUUUUUUUUUUUUUAUUAUGGAAAAUCUGACUCCAUGUCUUUGAAACCAUGUCACCACUACAUUUGUAAAUUAUGAAUUAUUGAUAAAUGUUAUAUGAAUGUUAUAUUGCAAUCAGACCACAUAAUAUAUAUUAUCAUACAUAAUAAACGUUGUUGUACAUAUACAUCAAUAUUAAAAGUUAUAUCAACCAAUAUCAGGGUGGGGGGUGGCUGAAAAAGUAGUGGUGCGGAACGUGGCAAUUGGGUCCCCGACUGGAUUAUGUACAAAUAAUCCCCGAUGGCUCAUCGUGCAUACGUUGGCGCAUUCAAUUUAUUGACGCUUCAGUGUACUUUUUAUUUAUUUAUGUUUGUCUAAUGAAAAAAAGGAAAAUUUAAAUCAAAAUAAAGAUAUCCCAGAUGUCAAAACCUCACGAGUAUGUUAUUGUUCGAAUCCUUGCCGCCCUCACUCAUACUCGGUUACCGGUGGUGAGCAUGGUACGCAGAGACAUGGUGUCAACAGAAUCUAACUCGUAUGAAAAUAGUCUGAAUAAAACAAAUAAAUUGAGUAAAAGAAAAUUUAAAGGGCAGUGGUAAGAUAAUUUCUUCUAUGCAUAAAUUUCGGUUUAUGCACCGACACAUAACGGAACCUCUGAGCUUCCGAGCUGUCGAGAUCUCGUACAUCACGAUUCUAUUGGUGGUCAUUUAUAUUCAUAUUAGGAGGAAAAUAAAAGGAAUGAAUCCUUGUUCACGUGACGAUGAAUCGGACUCAUGAAUAACAUAUUAGUAAUACUAUUACACGAAAAUUUUGUUACAAGGACAUAUAAUAAUCAUGAAUUCAAGGCGCAGAUUGUAAUGUAAUAUUAUUUGUAUAAAAAUAUCACAAUGAGAAUAUUUCAAAAAUAUAAUACUGACUUUGUGUA